CCAUUUGCCAUCUACGUUUCAACGUGUUUAUCAAGAAUUCCAUUGAUUCCCACUCUUAACAGCCACUUAUUCCUCACUCCUUUGCUUUCUUCCUGAGCUCACUUCACUUCCUCUCUUCCCCCACCACAGCACCAUGGCUGAUUCCGCCACCACGCCUCCACCCUCUCUGAAAAUCAUCGCCGGAGCAGACUCCUUCGGAGCCGAGCUAAAAGACGCGAUGUUAUCCCACCUCCGCUCCCUCAACAUCGAAGUCGAAGACCUCGGCACCACCUCUUACUACAACAUCGGCGCCGAAGUUGGCCGCCGAGUGUCCUCCUCCACCACUUCCCCCGCCGUUGAAACCCGUGGCCUUCUCGCUUGUGGAACGGGCGUCGGAGUCGGGAUCUUCGCCAACAAAUUCCCCGGCGUGUUCGCCACCACAUGUCUCACUCCGGACGAGGCCCGCAACAACCGCUCUAUUAAUAACUGCAACGUCUUGGCACUGUCCGGCAUGUCAACAUCUAUAGAUACCGCCAAGGAAAUCGUCGACACGUGGCUCAACACCACUUUUAAAUCGCCGUGUCCGGCCUCUAAGUCUCAGCCUUGGCCCGAGGAAAUCUCGAAAUUUUUCGAUGAAUCGAUGACUGAGAUGCCAAAAAUCGGUACUUCUGAAAAAACCCAAGCUGAAUCUUGUGCUAUUUGUUGUUUGGUUAAGAACAGGGAGUUGAAUCCAAUCGAUAUAAUCCCCGGUGGGUCGAUGAAGAUAUUGAGAGAAAGUCCCACAUCGGCUAUUGUUAGAUUCAAAGCUGGGAGCGUAGAGCCAGCCCAUCACCAUACUUUUGGGCAUUGUUUGGUGGUGAUGGAAGGGAAAAAAAGUGUUUGGAAUCUGACUAAAAAGGAAAAAUAUGAUUUGGAUAUUGGGGAUUAUUUGUUUACUCCAGCUGGGGAUGUUCAUAGAGUGAAAUACUAUGAAGAUACUGAGUUUUUCAUCAAAUGGGAUGGGAAGUGGGAUAUGUUCUUUGAUGAAGAUCUUGAGACUGCUAAAACCGCUGUUGAGAAAGAAUUGGCUAAUGGAUCUGCUUGAAAGAAUAGAGCUUUCCUUCUGCGAUCUUUGAUAGAUGGGAUGUAAUCUAUUUCAUGUUGUUCCUGUGUUUGAUGCUAAAGUUUUGUGUAGAAGGAUGAGUUUGUAUUGUUGUAUAAUACCCGAACUUGUUGUGUAUGAACAAUAAAGUUGAUGGUUUUAUAUAUCAAGAUUGCUACUUCAGUUAUAAGUUACUGCCAUUACUUGAUUAUUUCU